GGUGGGGGCUGGAUGCGAGGAGGGAGCACCUAAAGCUGUAAGUGCAAGUUACAGCAGUACUAAGCCCUGAGCCUCAGCAGAUUCAAUGUGCGGACAGAUGGAGCUGUUCUGAAAGUUUUCCUGCUUUGUCAACAACAAAACAAACUAACAACUGGGAAGACAUAGAGGAAGACAUGUCACUGAAAAGGAUACAGGCACUUUUCCAUUGCUCUGAUGCCAUAUGGAUGACUGCCAGAGUCAAGAGCUGAAAGCAAUCACCUAAAAAUGAAUGCCCCCAUGAACACGAACAUGACCCUGACUGUCAGCAUGACCACGAUUGUGAACCUGACCAUGACAGUGAUGUCAUUGGCUGGAAACGGCACACAGAUGAACCCCACACACCCAGGCCUGUGGUUGACUUUACUUUUGACUGUCAUCAUCUUCAUUAUUGUGGCGGGCAACCUGCUGGUCAUCAUGGCAAUCGCCCAUAAUGCUCCACUACAGACUACCACCAAUAUCUUCAUCAUGUCCCUGGCUUGUGCUGACCUCAUCAUGGGUGUAGUGGUAGUUCCGUUGGGGGCCACCAUUCUCACCACUGGGGCCUGGCCACUGAGCAAGACAGCAUGUGAGUUAUGGACCUCAGUGGACGUGCUGUGUGUGACCGCCAGUAUUGAGACACUAUGUGCAAUUGCCGUGGAUCGCUAUGUGGCUGUUGUGCACCCUCUCCGGCACCAGGCCCUGCUGAGCAAGCGGCGUGCUCGGAUCUUUGUGUGUGCGGUGUGGGUUGUGUCCGCGCUUGUCUCCUUUGUGCCCAUUAUGAACCAGUCCUGGCGCGACACUCAUGAUCCAGAGGUCCAGUGGUGCUACAAUGAUUCCAAAUGUUGUGACUUCUACACAAACAAGUCCUAUGCCAUCGCUUCCUCUGUGGUCUCUUUCUACAUCCCCUUGUUGGUCAUGAUCUUUGUCUAUGUUCGUGUCUUCAUGAUUGCAAACCGGCAGUUGCAAUUAAUACAGAGGAGCCGCCAGCGCUUUCGAGAAGAGUCCUCAUCUGAAGCUGAGACCCCGGCGCUCUUCCAACGCAGCAGCAUCUCAGAGCUGGAGUGCAGCACCAGUGAUCUCAGUGGUAGCAUUAAUCACAGGAAAGCCAGCAAGCGACGGCUGACGCUUCUCUCUGCAGUCAGCGAGCAGCGGGCCCUCAAAACACUUGGCAUCAUCAUGGGUGCCUUCACAUUGUGCUGGCUGCCCUUCUUUGUGGCCAACAUCAUCAGUGUGUUCAACCGACAAGCACUUCCUUUGACUGUAUUCCGUCUUCUCAACUGGUUGGGCUAUCUCAACUCGGGUUUGAACCCCAUUAUCUACUGCCGCAGCCCUGAGUUCCGUGCUGCAUUCCGAGGUCUGCUGGGGGGGUCUUGGCUGCCCCAUUUCCAUCCUGACGCUGUCUAUAAGGGGCUGCGCUCCCGAUGCCCAUGCAUGAUGGAUGCCAUGGAACCAGGAGUCCCCAACGAUGGGUGUACCCCCAGAGCAGUGAGGAACCUUCUUCCAGAAACCUCUGGGGUGUAACAGAAAAGGUGGUUUUCAGAGUCUCUUCAACCAUGCCCAUGGGAGGUAAAUUAGAGGUCAUGAACUGCUUUUUGCACAUACAUUUAAGGUGUUUAAUACUUCUAUUUGACUUCCUAGAGCCUUUGAAAUGCAACUUUCCCAUUCCCACCAUUCGUGCACCCUAGUCCACUGGCAUUCAUUUUUACUAAAAAACGAGUUUUACUUAUAUGGAUAAUAUGCAACUGGUGCCAAACAAUGAAAUGCAUUUCUGUGUUACACACUAUAACAUUACAGAAACAUUUUCAAAGUGUAGCCUGCAAAGCAUGACGCGGCCAUUGCUCAAGUCACCUUUAACGUAUUUACACAGCACCAGCUAUUUUAGUCACAACAGAAACAAGCCACACCACUUUUUCAGUGCUGUUAGUACUAUGUUCAUAUGGAAUGUUAAGAACACAGAGCAAAAAGGCACAUGAGCAAGAACAUCCAAAACAUGUUAUUAUUAUUAUUUUUAUUUUUUAUACAGCGCUCUUCUCACGUAGUGACACAGAGCGCUUUA